AUGUCCUUACUCAGUCACCAGUCAGUUGAACCCGACCGGAGAGAUUACUAUGGCUCGACACCUCUAUCGAUAGCUGUACGGAAUAACCGCAUAGAGAUAGUCAAAUUGCUUCUGGCUACUGGACAGGUUACUCUAGACUCACGGGACACUUUCGGACGGACUGUGUUAUGGUGGGCUGGACGAUCUGGGAGCCCUGAUAUGGAGCAAACACUACUCAACUAUUCAGAGGAGAGAGGCAUACCAGUUUGUAAAAACAACGCGUUUAUCAAUGCUAACCUAAUGUCCAAUGACAAGAUAUCCACAUGGUGUGAUGUCUGCACUUUGAACAUUCCUAAUCACCAAGUCAGCUACCAAUGCCACCUUUGCAACGGUGGAGAUUUUUAUAUUUGCUCGGAAUGCUAUGAGAUUGGAGGGCGUUGUUUAGGCGAUGAUCAUGUAUUGGUCUAA